CACAUGUGAAGCUUCCACAUAUGCUUUUGUGAGUAAAAAAGCACAAUUAUUUCUUCUCCACCACCACCACCACCAUCACCACCACCAAGCCUUAGGCAUGCACUAGCUCUCUACCCUUCUCACCUACUUUCAAAAUCCUUAAGAUAAAAAAGACUAAAGCAACAAUAAAAAAAAGCCAAGGUUCAUCCAGCAAAUUCCAAAAGCAUAUAAGGCAGGGUGCAUCCCUUAUCCCAGCCUCUUGCCCCAUACCUCUUCUCAUCUUCCCCUCCCAAAUGGACACUAGAAAUAGUAAUAUGACCCUUAGGCUUUCCUGCUCCUGCCUGGUGUUCAUCCUGCUCAUUGGUUUUGCAAGCUCAGACUUGGCCCAGGACAGAACAGAAUGUGCAGACCAAUUGAUCGGGCUUGCCGGUUGCCUUCCUUUCGUCUCCGGCGAGGCCAAAACUCCAACCUUGGAUUGCUGCUCUGGCCUCAAACAAGUCCUCCUGAAGAGCAAGAAGUGCCUCUGUAUCCUUGUUAAGGACAGGAAUGAUCCUAAUCUGGGUCUCAAAAUUAAUGCCACUCUUGCAUUAAGCCUGCCUUCAGAUUGCAAGGCACCCGCUAACAUAUCCGAAUGCCCCGCUCUUCUCCAUUUGGCGCCAAACUCACCAGAUGCUAAGGUGUUUGAGGAAUUUGCAAACAGCACCAAAGGGAGCAACAGUGCCCCAUCUACCAGUGCUAAAGGAAGUUCCAACAGCACUGGUUCCAGUGCUCAACUUCAGAGUGAUGGAGGGAAGGCAAAGAGGUGGUUGGCAGUGGAGAUAGUUAGUGGAGUUCUACUAUGGUGUUUGUCAUCUCACUUGGUCUUUACUGUUUAGGGCUUCAUGUCCAUACAGAGUUAUCCCUACAAUUCUCAUUGAGUGUCUUACUUUACUUUUACCAAUAUUCAGUAAUCAUGCUCUCUCUCCCUCCUUCCCUCUCAUAAUUUCUCAAAGCAUUUUUAUUUUGUUUCUUCAAAUUCUCAUUUCUUGUAAUUUGGGUUUCAGGUGGGUUUGUUCCUUGAAAAAUACACUGUAAAAAAAAGUUCCAUUAAGUUAUAGACCCAAUAAUUUAGGAUUGGCUGUGAAUACUAAAUUGGCAUUGGCUCCCA